ACUUUUUACCUAUCCAGAACAUUCGUAUGAUUGGCUAAUUUACGUUGCAAGUCGAUCGAAUCGCGUAGUUGUCCUUUCUAAUAAUGAUUCUUUUUCAUUAACUACCAUUAAACGAUAUAACGAUG